CGCAAAAGUCAGGUCUGGGAGGUUCGGUUGGAUACAUUCCAGGAAUUGUUGAUCCUCGCUGUCACGACCGGUGAUGACCUUAUCCCGUCCAAUGACACUUAUGACCACAACCUCCACCACGCACACCCUCAACAGCGCUUCCUCCCCUCCACCAAUCACAUCCUUCGCUCGGCCUGGGAUUGAGGAGGAUGCGAGGAUGACGAGACGUAUUUAUCAGCUCAACUCUUCCCCGCUCAAACACUGACAACGUUAAACUCUUGCACCACCUCCUCGCUCAUUGCUCAGAGGUCAUAUAUUUUUUUAUAAGAGCAGGUUUUAUCUUCGGUUCGGCGUCGUAACGUGAAGAUGCUCCGCUCGCAGGUGCAGGUGAUUCUGGUGGCUUUGCUCUCCUCUGUGCUGCUGGUCAGCGGCGCUCCACGCAGGGACAUGCAGACGAGAAGACCGAGAGAAGAACUCACAAACGACAAGGCUCUCGCUCACCUGCUGCUGUUGCAGUUUGUCUCUGAGCUGAUGGCGACGAGAGUAGAACAGAUGCUGCCCAAGCUGGAGGAAGAGGAGGAGGAGGAGGAGGAGGAGGGGGCGACGGGAGGAAGAGUGGAGGUGAUGCGGCGGCACCUUCCCCUCUCUCAAAGAGAACGCAAAGCAGGCUGCCGCAACUUCUUCUGGAAGACGUUCACCUCGUGUUAACACCAAGAGCUGGAAUAGUUUUGUGUGAAACUUUUAAGAGUAAAUUCCUCCAUGUUUGUCCCUUUUGUUGUAACCACUGCAAGAUGUCAAAUAUACAGGUUUUGGUGAUUGUAAACAAUAAUACGGAUGUAUGUUUUAAAGACUGGCAGGGAUGUACACAGUAUAUGAAAUAAAAUUUUCUGAUUUAAAAUGGAAAA